AUGGAGACCGAAUUUGAAGAGAGGCUGUGUGAAGAAGUUCGCUACCCGCACCUGUACAAUACUUCUUUAAAGCAAUAUAAAGACAUCCAAACGUGCAAUAACUCCUGGAGGGAAGUUGCUCAGAGUUUGGGCAAAGAAGAAAGUGCGUGUCGCCACAAGUGGAAAUAUUUGAGAGAUCGUUUCGUGACGGCAAAGAAGAAGCUGAAGAGAAGGAGCGGUGCACCAGGCGGUAGAGCUGUUCCCUCCAUCGUUUACCUCUUGAGCUGGUUGUCCGACUUCGUGAAACACCGGGACACAGACUCAAACUUCCCAGUAGAGCUAGAAGGCAACUCGUUCACACUGAACCUGGAAGCAACUGAAGCAGAUGAGUCCAUUUCCCCAAGAACUUCGACGCCAUCACCACAACCAGAGGCUUUUUCACCACCACCCGCAGCAGCUGUGCUGUCAUCACCCACACCCUCCUCAUCAUCCGCAAGUGAGGUUUUUCCCCUCCCCACAUCUCUGAAACAAAAAAGACAUACACCUACCACACCCUUUGAAGAUGCUAUCCUCCAGCGGCUACAACAAAUCGACAAAGCCAAAGAGGAUGAGGAUCAUGCCUUUAGUGUGAUGGUUACAAGCAUGCUGGCAAAACUUCCACCCCAUGUCCGCAUGGAAGCUAAAUUUGAAAUACACCAGCUUCUUUAUCAUAAACAGAAGCAGGCAUUUCAAAAUGACAUCAGUCAAUAA